AUGCGUCUUCCUCCACGUCGCGUUCUGACAUCGGAAAAACGAGUAAACUCCGGCGCCGUCGCCGGUAAAUCAACGGAAACCGCCGUGAAAAAUCAAAAUCCACCACCUCCGCCAAUUAAAUCAAUCCUUAAGAAAACUCCAACCGUCGCUUCACCAACUACAACCACCGCCGUCGCCGCCGUAGCCGAGCCGGCUGGUUCGAACCAGCUCCUAGCCGGUUACUUGGCUCACGAGUUUCUCAACAAAGGCACACUCUUCGGAGAGCUUUGGAAUCCGGCUCGAGCCCAAGCCGGCCCAUUUCCGGCCCAAGCUACAGAUUCGAGAAAGACUAAGCCGAGCAAUAAUAUCGAGCCGAGCGACCAUAAACGGAGGAGAUAUGUGGAGGUCGCCAAUGUCCUCCGGGUGGAUGGGGCCCACUUACCCGGUAUCGUCAACCCUUCACAGCUUGCCCGAUCCUUUAAAUUGUGA